AUGUUCGCUGCAUCCCGUUUCCAGCGCUGCCGGCAGCGAUGCUCAGCCGGACAGAGCCCCGCGCUCCAGGCCGGGGUUCCUCGGCGCGGGGACCCGCAGCCGCCCCUGCCCGGUCCCCCGAGAUGGCCGGCCCGGCUGUGCCGGCGCAGGGAGCGGCCCCCGGCGCGGCGCGGGGGCGGUCGGGGGCGGGGCGCGGCGGCGGCGGCGGGGGGCAUCGCCACGCUGCCCGACGACGGCGGCAGCGGCGCCUUUCCCCCGGGGCACUUCAAGGACCCCAAGCGCCUAUAUUGCAAGAACGGCGGCUUCUUCCUGCGCAUCAACCCCGACGGGAAGGUGGACGGCGUCCGCGAGAAGAGCGACCCGCACAUCAAGCUGCAGCUUCAGGCGGAGGAGCGAGGAGUGGUGUCCAUCAAAGGUGUCAGUGCCAAUCGCUUCCUGGCCAUGAAGGAGGAUGGCAGAUUGCUGGCCUUGAAAUACGCAACAGAAGAAUGUUUCUUCUUUGAACGUUUGGAAUCCAAUAACUAUAACACUUACCGGUCACGGAAAUACUCGGAUUGGUAUGUGGCACUGAAAAGAACUGGACAGUACAAACCUGGACCAAAAACUGGACCUGGACAGAAAGCUAUCCUUUUCCUUCCCAUGUCUGCUAAAAGCUGACUUCCAUAGCAGAUUCUGAG